AUCCGUUCCAAGCUCUGUCAUGGCGGCAUCCCGGCCUCAAGCCGGUGUGUGGAACCGAGAUGUUGAGCUUUUUGUCCGCUCGACAGUCAGGGUUGGAGGACCCUCUUCGCUUGCGUAGAGCGCAGUCUACACGGAGGGUCCUGGGCCUGGAGUUAAACAAAGACAGGGAUGUUGAAAGAGUCCACUGCAGCGGAGUCAACACUCUGGACAUUGAACCUGUCGAAGGACGAUACAUGUUGUCAGGUGGUUCCGAUGGUGUGAUUGUACUCUAUGACCUUGAGAACGCCAGCAGACAGCCCUAUUACACAUGUAAAGCAGUGUGUUCCGUUGGCAGAAGCCAUCCUGAUGUCCACAAAUACAGCGUGGAGACGGUUCAGUGGUAUCCUCAUGACACUGGCAUGUUCACAUCCAGCUCAUUUGAUAAAACUCUGAAAGUAUGGGAUACAAACACAUUGCAGGCUGCAGAUGUGUUUAAUUUUGAGGAAACAGUUUACAGUCAUCACAUGUCCCCAGCAGCCACCAAGCACUGUCUGGUAGCAGUUGGAACUAGAGGACCCAAGGUACAACUUUGUGACUUAAAGUCUGGAUCCUGUUCUCACAUUCUACAGGGUCACAGACAGGAAAUAUUGGCAGUUUCCUGGUCACCACGCUAUGACUAUAUCUUGGCAACAGCAAGCGCUGACAGUAGAGUAAAAUUAUGGGAUGUGAGAAGAGCAUCAGGAUGUUUGCUUACUCUUGACCAGCAUAACGGGAAAAAGUCACAAGCUGUUGAAUCAGCAAACACUGCUCACAAUGGGAAAGUUAACGGCUUAUGUUUUACAAGUGACGGGCUUCACCUGCUCACGGUUGGCACAGACAACCGAAUGAGGCUCUGGAAUAGCUCCAGCGGGGACAACACACUGGUAAACUACGGGAAAGUGUGUAACAGCAGCAGGAAAGGGCUGAAGUUCACUGUCUCCCAUGGCUGCAACUCAGAGUUUGUGUUUGUUCCCUACGACAGCACCAUUGCCAUGUAUGCAGUCUACUCAGGAGAGCGGCUCGCCAUGCUUAAGGGACAUUACAAAAGUGUCGACUGCUGUGUGUUUCAGCCUAAUUUCCAGGAACUUUACAGUGGUAGCAGGGACUGCAAUAUUCUCGCUUGGGUGCCAGCUUCAUAUGAACCAGUUCCUGAUGAUGACGAUGAAGCUCCAACCAAAUCGAGGUUGAACCCAGCAUUCACGGAUGCCUGGAGCAGCAGUGACGAGGACGGGUGACUUCAGCCUGGUGCCUCAGCUCCUUGUUCCAUCAGACUUCCACAGCAGUGUUGUGUGCACUUCAGCACGGGGCUGGUCUUUCCAUUGUUGUUGGUUGUCUCACUGUGUAACCCUGGCUAGCAUGGACUAGCCUGGAACUCUGUAUAGAGCAGACUCGGCUCAGACUUGCAGCCAUUCUCCUGCCUUUCCUCCUAGGUGCUGAGGUGUGUACCACAUGACCCGUGGCCCCUCCUGUGCGUGUGCUUAUUUAUUUCAUUGUUUUUUAAACUCUUCUGUCAGUUUCUAGCCUGUUAAACCUGAAUUUAGUAUAUCUCCCUCUGCGUUUUAAAAUGAGAUUAAUAUGUAUAAAACCCUGAAAUAUACUUUUCUAUAGGUUAAUUAAUCAAAGCAUGUUUCCUUGAGCCCACUUGCCAUGGUGGUGGGCCAGCCCCUAAGGGCACAGCCCAAGAACACAGCACAAGCACAGCUAUUCUUAGCUGGGAAUGUGCAGCUUUGUGCAUCCGAGGAGCUGGAAGGUGUGGUCUCAGAGGAAGGUGUCAGCUCUGACUGCUCUGACUGCUGUCCGCCUGCCCUUCCCACUUACAGGGAGGUUUUAGCAAGGGUAAUGAGAUAAAUGAUGCUGCUUGUUGCAAAGGUGACAUCAUAACUCUGUUACCUUUACUCAGAUUGAAUGGCUUCAUGUGAUGGAGCGUCUUCUCCCUUGUGUUGAAUGUUAGCCGCUCAUGCAUCUGACAUCUGAACAUUGUAUCACAUGGGCAAUCCCUGACCGCUUUGUAGUUCUUUCAGAGGGCAGCUUGCACUCAGUCUCAAUUCCUUUCUAUGAAACUCAGCAGAUCCAUGCAGGGAUCUAGAUUAAACAUGAAAUGGACCAUUGUUCUUUUCUUGGGUCAACUCAGGAGUGAUUAUUAUGAAGACUCCCCCACUCCUGUGUGCGUGAGUGCCUGCGUGUAUACAUGUCAGUUUCUGUUCUAUUGCUGUGAUAAAAUACCCUGAACAAAGACAAUGUAGGAGAGAAAGCAUUUAUUUCAGUUAAUAAUUCCAAGUUAUAGCCCUUCACUGUGGGAAAGUCAGGACAGAAGCUUCAAACAGCUCGCCUCACAGUCGAGAGGAGUGCAUGCACGAAGCCUUUGCUGCACAGCUGAACUGAGAAGGCCUCACAGAGAGCAGUGUCUUCUCUGACUGAAAUUCUUUUCAUGCUGUGUGCUGAAAAGUUCCAUCUAAAACCGACAAGGAAAAAAAUAGAAAAUAAACUUUAGAGGAAGUCAUGG